CAGCAGCGGCCGGUGAAACAGUCUCUCAGCAAGUCCUUGUGCCGAGAGUCCCACUGGAAAUGCCUGCUGCUGUCCCUCCUCAUGUACGGCUGCAUGGGAGCCAUGACCUGGUGCCACGUCACCAAGGUGACCCGGCUGACAUUUGACAGUGCUUACAAGGGCAAGUCCAUGAUGUACCACGACAGCCCCUGUUCCAAUGGCUACGUCUACAUCCCCUUGGCCUUCCUGGUGAUGCUCUACGUGGUGUACCUGGUGGAGUGCUGGCACUGCUACACCCGCAACGAGCUGCAGUACAAAGUGGACGUGGAGAGUGUGCACGAGCGUGUGCAGCGGAUGCACCGCUACCGCAAUGGGGAUGCCUACACCACCACCCAGGUAUAUCACGAGAGGGUCAACACCCAUGUGGCAGAGGCCGAAUUCGAUUAUUCCAACUGUGGAGUUAAGGACAUCUCCAAGGACCUCAUUGACUUAGAGAGCUACCCGGCCACGCGGCUCCGCUUCACCAAGUGUUUCAGCUUUGCCAAUGUGGAGUCGGAGAACUCCUACCUGACCCAGCGGGCCCGCUUCUUCACAGAGAAUGAGGGCUUGGAUGACUACAUGGAGGCCAGGGAAGGCAUGCACCUCAAAAAUGUGGACUUCAAGGAAUACAUGGUGGCCUUUUCCGACCCAGACAACCUGCCUUGGUAUGUAUCCCACUAUGUCUUCUGGGUGGCGGCUCUGCUGACCCUGUCCUGGCCCCUGCGGGUGCUAAAUGAGUACCGCACCUCGUACGUCCAUUACCAUGUGGAGAAACUCUUUGGGUUCGACUAUGUGGCGGUGACGCCGGCCGAGGAGCGCUCCUUCUGCCGGAGGAUGCCCCGCGUCAACACAGUGGACAGCACCGAGCUGGAGUGGCACAUCCGAUCCAACCAGCAGCUGGUGCCCAGCUACUCGGAAGCGGUCCUGAUGGACUUGGUGGGGCGACGCAGCUGCCUCUGGCAGAGCCGGAGCGGGAGCCUGAACGAGCAGAGCUGCCCCACGGAGCAGACCCGCCUCUCCAGCCAGGUGACUGUGGAGGAGGAAGACCCCCCUCCUUACCAGGACGCCCUUUACUUCCCCAUCCUCAUCGUGCACCGCAACGAAGGCUGCCUGAACCAUGACCACCGUCACCUCCACCGCAACGGGUCCUGCGUGGAGACCUCACUGUGA